CAAAGGCAACCUGUUGCUCAGGCCGUACCAUCGAAAUUUCCUGCCAAGGCAUACCGACCAUGUGCAUUGUGAAAGAGAAUUCGUGUGAGAGUGCGUGGCGAAACAUCUUCAAGAAGCCACUGAAGCCGAAACUACCAAGGCAGAUUGUUCGGUCAGCCAAGGUGAAUCUCAAUCGCUAUUGGCACAAAUUCGAAGAGAUGAUGACCAUUGACAAUCUUCAGUUGAUUCCAAGAGACAAUCAGGAUCAUCUCAACAAUCAUCAGGCUUCUGCACUUGAAUUGACCCAUCUCAUGGCCAAGUCCUUCACCAUUGAGAAGAAUCUCAAUCGAUCAGGGCGCUAUCGGAACUACCACGAUGACUCCCUCUACCACGGGGUGAAUCUCAAUAAUCCCAAUCAGAAUCAUGCUGAAGAGGACGACAACCACCAAAAUGAGCUGCUGGAACUCCUUCAGCAUCCCAUCUACAACAUCAAUUUCAAUUUCAACUAGAUUAGGUAUCAAUCUUAUAUAAGGCCCCUACCCCCUACCCCUAUCUUAAACUAAAACUCAAUGUUUUCAAAUCCAGACACUUCAGGACUAUACUUCUCCUUUUGAAAUCCUGAUUGUCUCAAUUGGUAGAAUUGCUUUAAACCCCAUUUUUUUAAAUUUUGUAAUAGUAAACUAGGGUUAAGUUACAAGGGCACUCGGUAACUUUGUGAACUGCAGCAGAGCUUUCGGGGAACUUCCUUCGGUUGAGCUUUAAUUUUUGAAGAAAUAUCCCUAAAUUUUACAUGUCAAUCUCACUAAAAUUAUCAUCUCAGCUUUUUAUAUCUCGUAUAAAAUGUACAUGAGUUUUUUGGCCUUAUUGAUUGACAUGAGGAUCUGUGCAAUUUUUUUUCGAUAAGCUUUUUGACAACUUUUAAAGUUAAUUUUGUUUGUUUUGUGUCUCGUCUGUUUUAUUUAUGGGUGGGGUCGCUGAAGACCAGUAGCUGGUAUCUCAUACCGCUCGGCCCCUAUUCCUGAACGAAAUGGAUAGACAAGUAGAGAUCACCCUAUACUUAAACCUUUUUUUAAACUUGUUUUCUCGGUAUACGAUAUUUCGGAACACGUGCAAUCUUAAGAGUUAGUAAUGUCGUAUUUUUUUGCUCAUUUGUACAAUUUGAAGAGUUUUUCAAACUGUGAUAUCAAAAUUUAGAGCUUAAUUUUGUGUAAAUUACUCUUUUGUCCUAAAGCCCAAAAGGGUUGGACAAAAAUAGGCCGAUUUAGUGUCAAUGCUUGUAGUUUUUUAAGAUUGGAUAUCUAUAAGAUUAUCCUGUGAUAUUAGUUUGAUAAGGAUUUAUUGAAUUGUCUUCCACUAGAGCUUUAAAAAAGUAGCUUUAAAACGGGACGAAGCUUUAAUAUUUUGUUUUUGUGAUAAGCCCCAUUCUUAUUUAGUUGCUUUCCCAUUUGCUUUGAUAUUUUUUUUUAAAUUCACUGAUCACUUAGUGGUAUGUUUUGAGGCAAAUGGACAGGAAAGCAACUAAAUUUGAGCUCUUCAAUCAAUUGUCAAUACUUUUUGUUGAUGGUUUUUUUUUCUCAAUGCUUGACGGUUAAGAAGGAAGUAGCCCCAUAUCAUUAGAAUUCUUUCCUGCAGAGCCAUCGUCAGAAGUGCCAAUUUAUCUACCUGUAUAACAUUCUCAUGCGAUCGCACUUGAAAUUAGUCUUAAGACCGAAGGCUAAAACACCUUCAUUAGCAUAGUUGUAUUAGAUGAUAAUUUAGUAUGUAAAAAUUCAUCACAAAUUGUUUCAAAUGAUCUCUUACAACUCUAGCAUUAAGAUUUAUGUUCUUAUAGGAUUUUUGUGUGUGUUUUUUUGUGUUUGUCAUAAAAAGAAAUAAAUAAACAAGAAACGUUUCUUUACAAAAAAAAAA